AUGAAAUCACAAACACUUUCCAAAAGCUUCUCAUACGUAUCUUUCUCUCUGGGGGGGGGGGGGGGGGGGGGGGGGGGGGGGGGGGGGGGGGGGGGGGGGGGGGGGGGGGGGGGGAGGGGGGGGGGGGGGGGGGGGGGGGGGGGGGGGGGGGGGGGGGGGGGGGGGGGGGGGGGGGGGGGGGGGGGGGGGGGGGGGGGGGGGGGGGGGGGGGGGGGGGGGGGGGGGGGGGGGGGGGGGGGGGGGGGGGGGGGGGGGGGGGGGGGGGGGGGGGGGGGGGGGGGGGGGGGGGGGGGGGGGGGGGGGGGGGGGGGGGGGGGGGGGGGGGGGGGGGGGGGGGGGGGGGGGGGGGGGGGGGGGGGGGGGGGGGGGGGGGGGGGGGGGGGGGGGGGGGGGGGGGGGGGGGGGGGGGGGGGGGGGGGGGGGGGGGGGGGGGGGGGGGGGGGGGGGGGGGGGGGGGGGGGGGGGGGGGGGGGGGGGGGGGGGGGGGGGGGGGGGGGGGGGGGGGGGGGGGGGGGGGGGGGGGGGGGGGGGGGGGGGGGGGGGGGGGGGGGGGGGGGGGGGGGGGGGGGGGGGGGGGGGGGGGGGGGGGGGGGGGGGGGGGGGGGGGGGGGGGGGGGGGGGGGGGGGGGGGGGGGGGGGGGGGGGGGGGGGGGGGGGGGGGGGGGGGGGGGGGGGGGGGGGGGGGGGGGGGGGGGGGGGGGGGGGGGGGGGGGGGGGGGGGGGGGGGGGGGGGGGGGGGGGGGGGGGGGGGGGGGGGGGGGGGGGGGGGGGGGGGGGGGGGGGGGGGGGGGGGGGGGGGGGGGGGGGGGGGGGGGGGGGGGGGGGGGGGGGGGGGGGGGGGGGGGGGGGGGGGGGGGGGGGGGGGGGGGGGGGGGGGGGGGGGGGGGGGGGGGGGGGGGGGGGGGGGGGGGGGGGGGGGGGGGGGGGGGGGGGGGGGGGGGGGGGGGGGGGGGGGGGGGGGGGGGGGGGGGGGGGGGGGGGGGGGGGGGGGGGGGGGGGGGGGGGGGGGGGGGGGGGGGGGGGGGGGGGGGGGGGGGGGGGGGGGGGGGGGGGGGGGGGGGGGGGGGGGGGGGGGGGGGGGGGGGGGGGGGGGGGGGGGGGGGGGGGGGGGGGGGGGGGGGGGGGGGGGGGGGGGGGGGGGGGGGGGGGGGGGGGGGGGGGGGGGGGGGGGGGGGGGGGGGGGGGGGGGGGGGGGGGGGGGGGGGGGGGGGGGGGGGGGGGGGGGGGGGGGGGGGGGGGGGGGGGGGGGGGGGGGGGGGGGGGGGGGGGGGGGGGGGGGGGGGGGGGGGGGGGGGGGGGGGGGGGGGGGGGGGGGGGGGGGGGGGGGGGGGGGGGGGGGGGGGGGGGGGGGGGGGGGGGGGGGGGGGGGGGGGGGGGGGGGGGGGGGGGGGGGGGGGGGGGGGGGGGGGGGGGGGGGGGGGGGGGGGGGGGGGGGGGGGGGGGGGGGGGGGGGGGGGGGGGGGGGGGGGGGGGGGGGGGGGGGGGGGGGGGGGGGGGGGGGGGGGGGGGGGGGGGGGGGGGGGGGGGGGGGGGGGGGGGGGGGGGGGGGGGGGGGGGGGGGGGGGGGGGGGGGGGGGGGGGGGGGGGGGGGGGGGGGGGGGGGGGGGGGGGGGGGGGGGGGGGGGGGGGGGGGGGGGGGGGGGGGGGGGGGGGGGGGGGGGGGGGUAUUCCACAGCAAAACAAGCCUGUUUCUUUGUAUGGAGCGCGGCGGAGAAAAUGUUGAUGAGUGGGAGGAAAAACAGGGCUAUUGGUAUAGUUAGUAGAUAUUCAAAGAUCAGCAAAACGUUUGUCUCGAUAUGA